UUUUGGUAUGACAAAAUUAUAAAUUCUUUUCUUUACCCUACGUGUUUUUUUGUAAAUGUGUACUUUUAUCAAAGUUUCGUACUACUGUUUACUAUAUGCGUUUAUAGCAUAAAUUAAUAUUGAUUUAUUUGAGUUCAGAGAAAUAAAAGAUGGCACAGUUUGGAGCAGGGAAGAAUCCACCUUGGGCUAGAACUGGGACAGAGUUUUCAGGUGUGGGUAUGACUCAGCAGAUGUUGACUCCAGGAGUUGCCACCCAAGCAGUAUAUAAUUUAGCAGCCCAGCAAAAUCUACAGUCACAGUUUCAAGCUCAACAAAUGGCCGCAGCCACGAUGCAGGUACAGACAAUGCAGCAACAAGCAGCAAUGCUACCUCAGCCAGGUAUUGCCAUGCCAACGUCUCUAGCAUCAGCAAACAUGGGUGCUAUCAGUUACCCAACAUUGAAAACACAACAACAACAAGCUUCACAACCAAAACAACGAGUCUUCACAGGAUCUGUUACAAAACUACAUGACAACUUUGGUUUUGUUGAUGAAGAUGUCUUUUUUCAAACUACGUGUGUGAAAGGUCAAAUGCCAAAGGUGGGAGACAGAGUUUUGGUAGAGGCCCAAUACAACGCUAAUAUGCCUUUCAAGUGGAACGCCACCAGUGUGAAAGUUCUGAAUUAUCAGACUGGAGGAGGUAGUUUACCUGGAAGCAAACCACCAGCAUUGAUGGACACUGCUACAGGUCGAGGAAGUCGAGGUGACAGAAAUAGAUCCGGUGGGAGGAGUUUUGACAGGGAACGUGACCGUGAACGAACACGUAGACGAGAAGAAAGAGAAAGGCGUGAACGUAGAAAAUCUGAAGAGAAAGAUAAAGAUGUACCAGAAGAGAAAGAAAAGAGGAAAAGGUCAAGGUCACCACGUAAAUCAGGUUCUCCAUCAUCAUCUAGAAGGUCAAGGUCACCAGUGAGACGUAGACCAAGAAUUAUUCCGAGAUAUGUUGUUCAAGUUCCAAAAGUAAUACUCACAAUGAAAGAAGCAAGUGUUGUGUCCUUGAAAUCAAGAUACAGCAACAUGUACAUUCCUAGUGAUUUCUUCAAUGCUGAAUUCCCAUGGCACGAGGCCUUUCCUCUCCUCAGACCUUUUCAGCUUGGGAAGGCAUGUACAUUCCAUGUGAUGCACAAAGACAUAGAUAGAGUUGGACAAAACACAGCUGUACUAGACCCGCCUGAUGCAGACCAUCUUUACAGUGCCAAGGUGAUGCUGAUAUCAAGUCCAAGUCUAGAUGAGUUAUACCACAAGUCAUGCUCACUGUCUCAGGAUCCAGAAAACACGCAGGAAAACUUUGUACACCCAACACGCCUCAUCAACUUUCUUGUUGGAGUAAAGGGAAAGAAUGAACCUAUAGCUAUAGGAGGGCCUUGGUCUCCCUCACUGGAUGGUGCCAAUCCCCAGGAAGACCCCAAGGUGCUCAUCAAAACUGCUAUCAGGACAACAAAGGCUUUGACUGGAAUUAAUUUAAGUUCAUGUACACAAUGGUAUCGUGUAGCUGAGGUGCGUUACCUUCGCCCCGAGGAGACGCACAAAGGCAAAUUAGUUGCAGCUCGUGUAGAGACCAGUGUUAUCUACCUCCCAGAUGUUUGGAGUUGCGAGCCUACUCACCUUGAAUGGGAGACUUUACAGCUUGCUUACAAAAAACAACUUCAGAAAAAACUGGCACAGCUGGAGGGCAAAGAGGAUGCUCAGGAUGAGGAUGAGGAAGGUAUGGAUGAGGCACUUGGUGAGAAAAAAGACCCCACCCACUUCUCUGAACUGGAUCCCAAGUCUAUGAAGAUAAUUGACUUACGGAGGGAAUUAGAGUGUAGAAAUUUAAGUUCUAAAGGAUUAAAGUCACAGUUGAUAGCAAGAUUAACCAAACAGCUUAAAACAGAGCAGGAACUAGAAGAGGAAAAUGCUGCCACUAAAGCUGAGGAGGAAAAAGAACCAAAAGAAGAAGAAGAAAAGAUGGAUACUGAAGAAGAUGAAGAAAAAAAGAAAAAGGAGGAAGAAGAGAAAAAGAAAGAAGAGGAACGCAAAAAAGCAACUUUGGAGAGAAGAUAUACUUUACCAGAUAAAAAGUCAAUAUUAGUCUAUCCUAAUGCCUCGGCCAAGGGAGGCAAAUUUGAUUGUUCUGUCAUGUCACUGAGUGUUCUGUUAGAUUACAGGCCUGAGGAUAACAAAGAACAUUCAUUUGAGGUGUCGUUAUUUGCGGAGUUGUUCAAUGAGAUGUUAAUGAGAGAUUUUGGUUUCACCAUGUAUAAAUGUCUGUCUGCUGCCCCCGAGAAACCGAAAGAAGAGAAAAAAGAGAAAGAUAAGAAAAAAGAGGAUGAGCCAGCUGCUAAGAAAAAGAAAACAGAUGACAAGAAAGACGGAGAUAAAAAAGAUGAGGAAACAGAGAAGAAAGAUGGGAAGGAUAGUCCAGACAAGAAAGAUGAUAAGAGGGAAGAUAAAGACGAGAAAAAAGAUGAUAAAAAGAAAGAUAAAGAUGAUAAAGAAAAGGAGAAGAAAAAAGAGAAACGUAAAUACCUCACAGUAAAACCAGAUCUCUUACUUGCUUGUAUAUAUUUUGACCAAAACCAUUGUGGGUAUAUACUUGAUAAAGAUAUGGAAGAAAUCAUGCACGCUAUUGGACUGUCUCUAUCUAGAGCCCAGGUAAAGAAGUUAAUUACUAAGGUAGUGUCCAGAGAUACGUUCAACUAUCGUAAACUAACUGAUGAGGCCAUAGGGGAUGAAGAGAAGACUUUAGAACCUAAAGAACUGGAAGUUGACCUAGAUAAACUUGCCCUUGGUAACUAUGGUAUGUUGAAUCAGAAGAAUGAAGGUACACCAACUAACACACCAGUUAAGAGGAAGGUAUCUAAGAGUGAUAAUGAGACACUGUCAGGUAUGGUGAUGUAUAAUGGUGCCAUGUUAGAUAUAGACAGUCUGUUAGAGAGACUUAGUAAAGGAGAAAAGUCAAUGGCAGAAACAGAGAGGCUUGUACAACAGGUGGAGAAUGAGAGAGAUCAAGUCAAGAAGGAACUUAAGAAGAAAGAAGAGGCAUGCGCUAAGCUGACAUCAGACUUAAAAUCAGUGAAACAUGAACUGUCAGUGCAAACAAAAAUCACAAGUAGCUCAGAAUCAAACAACCGUAAAUAUCUGUCGGCGUUGAUGGAGACGCAGACGUUUGUAUCUAACUUGGCAAGUACAGUGACAACAGCACUUGGAGAUAUGGCAAGCAUUAAAGUGGAGAAAGUAGAAGGAGGGUCAAUAAAACAAGAACCACAUGAAAAUGGUUCAGAUCAUUAGUUAUAACUGUUUACCCACUUGUGUUCAUGUGAGAAAACCAUGAUUUUUGUACAAUUAUUGAUUUUAUGUUUUAACUGUUUGUAAAUGAGGUGUCUGUAAUAAGGAGCCUGUAAAAGCUUUAUCAAGAAAUGUACAGGAAGAAUUUUCACAGUUUAUUUUCAAAAUUGAUUAUAAAAAUUCCAAAAUAGAGAGAAAACACAAUCCAUGUAUUAUUUCUAUUGGUAAUUUUAGGUAAAUUUGUGACAUUGGGUACAGUGUUACCACAGGUAGAAUAUAGUUUCAUUGAAAAGUUUGUAACACAACAUAUCACCAUAAGGAUUUCUGUACUUUUGGGAUAGUUGAAGGUGUUUAUUUGUUGCUUUGAUACAGUUUAGGGGUUAUAUAAGUUAAUGCUUAUGUUUUUGCAAAUGUUAUGAAGCUUGUUACAGCCAGGAAAGUUAUCAUUCCAAUACAAUGUAUUUAGAUGUACCAACCUGCUUUUAUUGCAAUUUUAUUGUAUCAUAUUAUAAUUAAAAGGCCAUCAGAUUAUAAUCUCACAGUGCCAAUUUAUUUCACUGCCACUUCUUUAUUGAGUGAGCAUUAAAGUGGUGUUUAGGGUUGGGAAAUUAAGACAUAGUGUUGUGGGGAUUGAAUUUUUAUCAGAGAAUUGUCCAUGUACUGUUAUACUCUACACAAAAAUGGCAUAUCCAAUGAUACUUUCUUUGAGACAGAUUUUUCAAUAUUGUUUAAAAAAUAUCCAGUAUAACUACUAACCACUAUUAUUUUCUCAUGUGGCAUCUAGCACAUAUUUCACCUUAAAUAUAUGUAUAUUAAAUGUAUAGUGGUUUUUAAUUCCUACUGUAUUGAUGUCUGUCAUUGUUCUUUUAACUCUUACUGUGCUGAAACCAUUGAGUAUUAGCCACUAGUAUAGAGCCAGGCAAUCCAUGUAGUCCUACAAGGCUCUAUAAUGUUGGCUAACUUUUAAUUUUCAUCUUGAUAUAAUAGACAGAAAUUCAACAGGUUUAAGGUUAAAUUAAUGUAAUAUUUCUUUUUGAAUACAAAUAUGUAUGAUACACAUGUAUUUUAUGCUUGUUUGGAACAAUUUCAUGAUUUAGCUGACAAUUUUUAUGUCUCUUUCUCUUACAAUUCAUGUAUAAGGGAGUUAAGAAAGAAAGAGUAGUAAAAAUAAAAACAAAAAUUUAUAAAAUGUUUUACUUAUUAUUUAUGCUUCUGUACUAGAAUAGAUGUCAUGGAUUACUAGUAAGCUGGAACAUGUUAUGCCCUAUGUUCUUAGGUUAAACUAAACUUUGUUGAAUUGUUCUAGAAUGUAUAAAAUGCAGCAGAAUUUUUACUGUUCUUAGUUAAAAUUGAAACGUAUUUCUCAUUUAAUAUGAGCAGAGCCAUUAUACAUAUAUGUUCAUGCAUAUGAUGUCUCCAUAGUAAAGAAGGGUAAGGAUGCAUGGAAACAAUCACUGCUAAGGUACUUUAUUUUCAAAUGGGAAAUCUAUGAUGUUACCAUGAUUGUUCUACCUGCAAUUACCACAUUGCCUGAAAUUAGGCAGGGACUUGCAAUAAAGGUUGUAAUACUUAAUCAGGAAAAAAAAUUAAGUGACAUUUACGUAAAACAUGUCAUAUAAAACAUGAUUUAGCACUACUCUUGUAUCAAGAUGCUAUGUAGUAAUUUUUGCUCAAACUAAAUAAAAACUACACAAAUUACAUUAUUAA